AUGUCCGAGUACGGAUCACUCAAAGCGGGAUACGCUGAUCUCCAGGGCAACCCGCGUUUGCCAUUCUACCACAUUGCCAACCCUGAUGUCCGCGCCUACCUAGCAGAAUUCGUCGGCACCUUCAUCUUGGUGCUCAUCGGUGACGGCUCCGUAGCGCAAUACGUGCUCGGAGGUGGUGACGCUGGCCACUACUUGUCCGUGAAUCUGGCGUGGGGUAUUGCACUACUAUUCGGCAUUCACUUCUCCGGCGGCGUCAGCGGUGGGCACCUCAAUCCUGCGGUUUCGUUAACCUUGGCAGCCUUCGGCCGCUUCGAAUGGUACAAGCUCCCCGGUUACUUUAUCGCCCAGACGUUGGGUGCCUUCGCUGCUGCUUGGGUCGUGUUCGUGGUAUACUACCCGUGGUUCGACCUCCACGAUCCCGAGCGUGCAACUACCCAGGGCAUCUUCGCUACGUACCCGAACGAGCAGAUCCCCAACUGGUGCGGCCUUGCUAACGAGAUCGUCGGCACGGCUCUGCUUGUCAGCGGUAUCUUCGCCGUUGGUGACCAGCUCAACAAGCCCGCUAGCCCCUACACGUUCCCGGCUGCUGUAGCGUUGAUGCUGACCUGUGUCGGCAUGGCGUUCGGCCUUGACACUGGCUACGCUCUCAACCCCGCUCGUGACUUUGGCCCUCGUCUCUUUACCUUCUUCGCUGGCUGGGGCUGGAAAGUGUUCACUGGCCGCAGUUUCUACUUCUGGAUCCCGAUCGUCGGUCCUUUCGUUGGCGGUUUGCUCGGCGCUGGUCUGUACGUCGGUCUCAUUGAGAACUUCCAUCCCCGCGAGUAA